AUGUCUAGUUCGCAUACUUUAAAAAUAUUCUAUGGCAGUGAAACAGGUACUGCUCAGGAUGUCGCUGAAUCUUUGUGGUAUGAUGCUCGAUAUCGGAAUAUUCCAUCUGAAGUACACAAUUUCGGCAAUUAUACUAUACAGAAUCUCAGUGACGAGCACUGUGUUGUAUUUGUAAUAGCAACUAGUGGGCAAGGUGAAAUGCCCGUUAGUAUACGUCAUAACUGGAGAAUUCUAUGCUGUAAAUCGUUACCGAAUAAUUUGCUACAAAGUGUAGGUUUGACAUAUUUUGCUGUUCUUGGACUUGGCGAUUCGUCCUAUCAAAAAUACAAUUUUGCAGGGAAAAAGCUGUAUCGAAGACUGAAUCAGUUGGGAUCAAUAUUUUUGACAGAAUUAGGACUAGCAGAUGACCAACAUGAAUUAGGAGUCGAAGGAACGUACGAAAAUUUUCGAGAUGAAUUAUUUCAACAAAUAUGGAAAAGAAAUUUAUAUCCGGGUAUGAUUUUGAAUCCUGAUGACAGCGGAAGUUUGCCGGCUCGAUAUAAAAUUAUUUAUGAUGCAAAUUUUCCUUCUAUGUUUGACGAAAUCGAAGAUGACGCAUUUGUAGAAACAUCUAUGUUGAACAGUGAGCGGUUGACAGCGGAAACUCAUUUUCAGGAUGCCGAAGAACUUCGUUAUUCUCCUGGAGAUGUGCUUAUGGUUCACCCGAAUAAUUUACCUGAAGCGCUUAACAUAGUUUAUGAGAUAUUAGGCUUUAGUGAUGAUUUACUAGAUCGACCUUUUACUUUAAUCCCGCGUGAAACAUGUAUUCCCUUACCUUCACCACAUCUUUUCAAAGAAGGGUUAACGUUACGGCGGUGUUUUGAGCGUUACUUUGAUUUACAAAUGGUCCCGCGAAGAUCUUUCUUUCGAACUCUUGGAAAAUUGUCGCUGAUUAAAGAAGAGAAAGAACGAUUGCUCGAGCUAGCAAAGAAUAUUGAUGAUUACAUGGAGUAUUGCUGGAGACCGAGGAGAACAGUAGCGGAAACUUUGCGAGAUUUCCAUAUAACUAUUCGUAGUGUAUGCACAGAAAUGUUAUUCGAUAUUUUUUCUCCCAUUCGUGCUCGAGCUUUUAGUAUUGCAUCCUGUCCUUUAACUCAUUCAACUAUCCAAAUACUCGUUGCUCAAGUUAAAUAUAAAUCUAAACGUAUGGCAAGUCCACGAUUAGGUUUAUGCAGUACGUAUUUAAUUAGACGACGUUCAGGAGAUACAUUACUGGUAAAAAUUCGUAAAGGGACUUUUCGGUGGCCAAAGCAAAGUGAUGCGAUGAUUUUAGUUGGGCCAGGUACUGGCGUAUCAUCUUUUCGAUCAAUUUUAGCUUACCGAAAAAAGCAGCUCUGCGAUGAAAAAGAUGCUUCAAUAUUAUUUUUUGGAUGUCGAGGAGCUCAAAAAGAUUACUAUUUUGCAAGCGAAUGGCAAAAGUUGACUGCAGCACGCAUAAUUGUGGCUUUUAGUCGAGAUCAAGAAAAUAAGAUUUAUGUUCAGAACAAAAUUAAAGAAUAUGCUGACGAAGUUUGGAACUUGUUAAAAAAUUCUAACGGUCAUCUUUUUAUAGCAGGAAGAGCGGGAGAUAUGCCGCGUGAAGUGACUACUAGUGUGGAGGAAAUUGCAAAUAACAAAGGUGAAGAUGGUAAAGACUUCAUACAUAUGUUGGAAUCAAAUGGUAGACUGCAGUAUGAUACAUGGAAUUGA